GGGGUAUGGUAUUGUUGUUUUACACAAGAACCACAUAAAUGAGUUUGUUUUUACAAAAAAAUUCAUUCAACUUUUUUUGUAAAGGGUUGACAAGAAUACCUUGUUCUAUUAUUUAUAAACGUUGGAACUCUAAGAGUACAACAGAGAAAUUGAAAGGGGCAGAUCCAACAAAAUCAAUUGAUUUGACUACUUUUCCUGCAGAAAACAUUCGAAAUUUUAGUAUUAUUGCUCAUAUUGAUCAUGGAAAAAGUACAUUGGCGGACAGAUUAUUAGAAUUGACGAAUACGAUUUCAAAGUCUGGAUCAAAUAAACAAGUUCUGGAUAAAUUAAAAGUUGAAAGAGAACGUGGAAUUACUGUCAAAGCUCAAACCGUCUCCAUGUUUUAUAAGCACAAAGGCACCAACUAUCUGUUAAACCUAAUUGAUACUCCCGGACAUGUUGAUUUUAGUUACGAAGUAUCACGAUCAUUAGCAGCAUGUCAAGGAACCUUGUUAUUAGUAGAUGCAGCACAAGGAAUUCAGGCACAGACUGUGGCAAACUUCUACCUAGCUUUUGGUGAAGGUUUGGAAAUUAUACCUGUGCUUAAUAAGAUUGAUCUUCCUGGUGCUGAACCGGAACGAGUAUUACGACAAAUCGAAAGUGCAUUUGAAUUAGAUACAAGCUCCAUUUUACAAAUAUCUGCCAAAUCAGGGAUCAACAUUGACCAAGUGUUACCAAGUGUUAUUGAAAAAGUUCCUCCUCCAGUAGGAUCUAGAGAUAAACCAUUCCGAGGAUUACUCUUUGAUUCUUGGUAUGAUAAAUAUGUCGGUGUCGUUUGUAUGUUGGGUAUGAAGGAUGGUGUGCUUAGAAAAGGCGACAAAGUUGUAUCAGCUUAUUCAGAUACCAAAUAUGAAAUUACCGAGGUUGGUAUCAUGCAUCCCGAACAGUUAGCUACAGGAUAUUUACAUGCUGGUCAGGUAGGAUACAUUGUAUGUGGCAUGAAGAGUGCAUCAGAAGCUCAUAUUGGCGAUACAUUUCAUCACCUGGGCCAGACAGUGGAAGCUUUACCCGGUUUUCAACCUGCACAAUCUAUGGUAUUUGCUGGUAUUUUUCCUGUAGAUACAAACGAUUUCAGAAAAUUGGAUGAUAACAUCAAAAAAUUGACGUUGAACGAUGCAAGUGUCUCUGUUCACAAAGAAACUAGUCAUGCUUUAGGACAGGGUUGGCGUUUGGGCUUUUUAGGAACCUUACAUAUGGAUGUGUUUCGACAAAGAUUAGAAAAUGAAUAUGAUGCAAACAUCAUUGUUACACAGCCAACUGUGCCAUACAAAGUUAUUUACAACGAUAAAAGCUCUAAACUUGUAAGAAACCCGGCUGAUUUCCCAGACGUUGAGGAACGUUCAUUCAAAGUAGCCAAAUUACAAGAACCUAUGGUUUUGGCGACCCUAAUUUUCCCUGAUGAAUAUAUGGGAAAACUAAUUGAAUUGUGUGGUACCAGAAGAGGUGAACAAUUGGAAUAUGUUUAUGUGGAUGAGACACGUGUGAUGAUGAAAUAUAGAAUGCCGCUUGCCGAAGUAGUAACCGACUUUUACGAUGAAUUAAAAAGUAGAUCUUCAGGGUAUGCCUCAUUCGAUUAUGAAGAUGGUGGAUACGAAGAUAGUGAUUUGGUUAAGAUGAACGUGCUUUUAAACUCUAAACCAGUAGAUGCAUUAUCUGUAAUUCUGCAUCGUUCCCAGGUUGAUAUUGUAGGUCGGGAUUGGGUAAAAAGAUUGAAGGGGGUUAUCCAAAGACAAUUGUUUGAUAUCUCCAUUCAAACAGCCUUGGGAAGCAAAAUCAUCGCCAGAGAAUCUAUUUCUGCUUUGCGUAAAAAUGUCACCGCCAAAUGCUAUGGCGGAGAUGCUUCCCGAAAAAUGAAAUUGUUACAAAAGCAAAAGGAAGGAAAGAAAAGAAUGAAGAUGAUUGGUAAUGUCGAGUUGCCCCAAAAGGCAUUCUACGACUUUAUGGACAAAAGUAAAGCAGCUUAGAUUUGUAAUUUUAUGUAAAUACCCGCUAGAAUGUACUGCUAAAAUAAAAACCUUCCAGUACAAUAUGUAUAAUCAUUGACUUUCUA